UGGGUUCAUAAGGGACGAGGAGUGAAGGGAUCGAUCGUAACUCGUCGGCCAGAGUUAAUCAAAGCAAAGCAAACUUCCCUGUUCGCAACAAUUAGGCUGUUUAAUGCAAGUCAGUGACUUUUAGUUCGAAUCUCGGCUUGGCAAGUGAAGCCACGCCACAAAUCAGUUAACACCCUGCAGACUGGACUACAAACUGGAGGAAACAAUUGAGUUCCGUUAAUAAGUAAAAAGCUGCUACUUGGCUGUCGUGAUGAGAAGCCCUCUUGUCUCCUGGUUCUCCUGUGGCACGUCAGCUCGCCCCUGCUUGGCCAAGUCAUCAGCUCAGAGCUGAGAUGAUUCACUGGUGCACCAACUAGUGGACGGACAGAAUAUUUAGACAACAAAAAAAAAGCAAGGCAAGCUAUUUGAAGAUGUGGUCGAUCUUGAACGAGACGUCCGACCCCAGCCCCGAGAAGAAUAUAAGCUGCUUCGCGCGCAACACUGUACUCAGGGGACUUCCCUUCGGGGGAGUGCCAGUUGUGCUGGUGCUCGACUUUCUUGUCUUCCUGGUGCUCCUGGUCAUCUUCUGUAUGAUCAGGAAGAAGUUUUGGGACUAUGGGCGUAUAGCUCUGGUUGCCGACCAGGAAGGCUCCUCAGAGGCAAAACACAGUCGCCAUGGACAAAUGCCAUCCCCCAGGCAUUCUAAUGAUGACAUCAAGUUUGAAAAGGGAUUCUGCUCUUGGCUGCCUUACGUCAUCAGGAUGACUGAUGAAAAAAUUAAAGCCAAAUGUGGCAUGGACGCUGUCCACUACCUAUCCUUUCAGCGCCAUCUGAUCUUCUUGCUGUUCAUCAUGGCUGUGGCCUCCCUGACAGUCAUUCUGCCCCUCAACCUGAGUGGAGACCUCCUGGGUGAUGAGGCCAGGGAUUUUGGAAGGACAACUAUUGGAAAUCUGCCAAUUGGAUACAACCUUCUGUGGCUGCACACAGUGUUUGCAGUUCUCUACCUGGUCCUGGCAGUUAUUCUGCUGCGACGUCACACAUCACGAAUGAAAAUCAUAAGCAAAGAUAUGGCAAAUACCAGAAAGACCUUAUUAGUGUGUUCGGUUCCCGAGACGGCAACAGAAGAAUCUGUGAGACUCCAUUUCUUAGAGGCGUACCCGGCCUGUCAGGUGACUGACGUGACCCUGGGCUUUGACGUGGCCCAGCUCAUGCAUCUUGAUAGCGAAAGGAUAAAAGCUGGAAAAAACCUGCACUACUACGAGUGUGUCCUGGACCACACAGGACGGCGCGAGAUGAUUAACGCCUGUUUGGGUGGGCACCUAAUUUGCUGCGCCAACUCUGAGAAGGUUGACGCCAUAACGUACUACAGAACUAAGGAACAAGACCUGCUGAUGGAGUUCACAAAGCAGGUAGAACUGGUGCCACAGCGCCCCCUGGGGAUCGCCUUCGUGACCCUGCUGAACGAGGACAUGGCCAAGUUAAUUCUGAAAGACUUCAAUGCAUUCAAGUUUGGCGGAAUACGCAGCUGCUGUCGGAAGGAGCCCCAGCUUUCAUCCAGGAGUAUAGCUCUGACGGUGAACAGGUGGAGGAUCAGCAUUUCACCUCAUCCCAAAAAUUUGUACUGGGAAAAUAUGUCAGUGCCGGGUUGUUUCUGGUUCAUACGCUACGUGAUCAUCAACCUCCUGCUCUCCUUCCUGCUCACCUUCCUCACCACCCCCACCAUCAUUUUAAACACCAUGGACAUGUUAGACGUGACCAAGCCCAUCGAACACCUCAACAGCCCCAUUAUCAGUCAGUUCUUCCCCACCCUCCUGCUGAUGACCUUCUCUUCGUUGCUACCCACCAUAGUCUAUUAUUCUACGCUAGUAGAAAAGCACUGGAGCAGGUCCAGUCAGCAGCGGAACAUGAUGCGUAAGCUCUACUUCUUCCUGCUCUUCAUGGUGCUUAUCCUCCCCUCACUAGGACUCACCAGGCCAAGUGCUGCAUUUUCAUCAAGUUGGAUUCAUGGGGAACCGUGCCAAACAAUCUUUUCUCCUCUUCUCAGCCUUUCAGUGUUUUUCCGCUGGCUGUUUGAUCACACGUUUAUCUUAAUGAGGUUUGAGUGUGUGUUUUUACCUGACCGAGGGGCGUUUUUUGUGAACUAUGUGAUCGCAGCGGCCCUGGUGGGCUCUGCGAUGGAGUUGCUGCGGUUGCCGGGGCUACUGCUGUACACCGUUCGUUUGACGUGUGCACGUUCUGCCGCGGAGAGGAAAAAUAUCAAACAGAACCAGGCCUAUGAAUUUCAGUAUGGAGCCCAGUAUGCCGGGACCCUCUGUGUGUACACUGUCAUUGUGUCUUACAGCAUCGCUUGUCCCAUCAUUAUGCCUUUCGGUCUCAUGUACAUGCUGCUGAGGCACGUGGUGGACAAACACAACAUGUACUUUGCCUACCUGCCCGCCCGCCUCGACCGCAAGGUCCACGUGGGAGCCGUCAAUCUAGCUCUGGCCGCACCCAUCAUGUGCCUCAUAUGGCUCUACUUUUUUUCCGUCCUCAGAGCAGGCUUGAGGGCCUCCACGUCUCUUUUCACCCUGGUGGUCCUGUGCAUCACUGUCUUCAUCUGCCUCAGCUACACCUUCGGCAUUUUAAAAGUCUUCAGCCCACACAACUAUGCGGAGAAAGAGGAGGACGAAGAUGCAGCAGAGUUAGUGGAAGAAGACACAGAGGUCUACCUUCCCAGAGUGCUUUAUCACAAAUCACUCGCCAGCACCACACAGGCGGUCCAGUUUGAAGAGUUUCAUGAGGAGUCAGGCGGCAGCCUGACCCGCAGCUUCAGUCCAGAGGAGGAACCUUCAGAGUUGAGCGAAUCAGAGACGACCGAAUCAGAGUCGACGCUUUAGAGUCAGAAUUCUUUCUGAUGUCUGAUUGUCAAUCUGCUUCCUCAACAAUGUUUUCAGUUCUGGUCUCUCUACUCUCCCCCUUCUUUACCAUUUCUCUCCUCUCACCCCAAGCGAUGUAUAUACAUACAUAGACAGACCAGAUUAACACACAGGAAAAUGCAAGACAAUAAAAUAAACUCUUAUCUCUGAA